AUGCGGUAAAAUGAUAGCUCCCGUAAAAGAAAGUUGGUCAAUGGAAGAUUUGAAAACACUUCCCCUUGUAGUCGACGAACUAAACAAAAUCAUUACAAAUUUGAAUGAUUUACGAACGAUGCGCAAAUUGAUCGCACCAACAAAUUUACCCGAUGAAAAGGAUAUCACAAAGUUGACACGUCAAGCUCAAAAACUUUGUCGAAUUUUUGGAGUUGAUAAAACCACAAUAAAAUCACCGAUAUCAAUUAUCAGCUAAACAGCAUGCAUCUAUGGCUAAUUCGAACUUCGUCCAUCACAUAAUUACUGAUAAUCCGCAUAAAGAUAUCUUAAAUUUUGUCCACUAAAAACGUAUUGUGGAAAUUGUCAAUAAACAAUAAAUAAAAUUUUG